AGAGGCUUCCAAGCUAUCCUUGCCUGCUCCAGCUCCAGCCACCACUUCUCCACCAGCAUGAAGGUGUCUGUGGUUGCCCUCACCAUCCUCAUCGCUGCCUUCUGCUACCAGACCUCUGCUGCUCCACUUGGCUCUGACCCACCAAUCUCCUGCUGCUUCUCCUACAUCUCCCGGCAGCUGCCCCGCAGCUUUGUGAAGGAUUACUAUGAAACCAACAGCCAGUGCUCCCAGCCUGCCGUCGUAUUUAUCACCAGGAAGGGCCGGGAAGUGUGUGCCAACCCCGUGGAGGACUGGGUCCAGCAGUACGUGAAUGAGCUGGAGCUAAACUGAGGUUUUGGACAGAUCCAGCUGCUCCAUGUUCCCAGCUGCUGGGAUGGAUGAAUGUGACCAGCUGGGGUUCAUUGGAAGUGCUUCAAUGUCAUUUAGAGCUAGCAGAGAAACUGAAAACAUUCCAAAAUCUAACUUAAUGUUGUGCUGUUUAGUUUUUUAUAGGGGAGGGAUCAGGUGCAAUAACUCUGAGAUAAAAAAUAAUUUUAUUUAAUAUAUAUAAAAAUAUUUUUAUUUUUUU